AUGGCCAACCCAGCGCCCUUACGCAUCGCUGUUCUGAUCAACACACCCCCUGGCAAUGAGUUUUGGAAUGAUGUGCGCGGAUCCUAUCGGGAUGCCUUUGGUAUUAUUGCUCCCAGCUCCCAGGUAGAUAUGUACGAUCCCGUGCUCGAAUGCCACUUUCCCAACCCUCGAGAAUAUGACUUGAUCGUCUUGAGCGGAGGCAAAGCCGAUGCCUCGUCCUCAGAGUCCUGGGUUCUACGCGUGUUGAAAUUUCUCCAGAAAACAGCGCGUAAAUCACCCAAAACCAAGAUCCUGGGUAUCUGCUGGGGCCACCAAGCUAUAUUGAGGGCCUUUGGCGGGGAAAUUCGGCCGGUGCCUACGGGACCUAUUGCUGGCAUUGAGGACGUGAAGUUGACAGAUGCUGGCAAGAAAUUCUUCUCUACUCGAGCAGGUGUUACGACCUACAGGUUACCGGAGUUUCAUGUACGAGAGGUGGCACGACCUGGAGUAGGCUUUGUGCACCUGGCGGAGAGUCAUGAGAUCUUUGUUGAUCAAGAGAAUACUGUUUUGUCGUUCCAGGCACAUCCAGAGGUCCAGGCUGAACUUGCGAAGAAGAUGCUGUUGGAGGAGGAUGACGUGUACAAUGGGAAUCUCUUCGAGAAGAAGAUCAGUUGGAGAAGCUCAAUCAGCCAACAGAUGGUUUCGAGGUGCUGA